CUUUCUUUCUUUGUUUCUCUUUCUCUUUUCUGUGUCUCAAAAGAUAUCUCUAUAUAAAAAAACUUUAUUCUUUCAGAUUUCAAUCAACCAGACUCACCAUUUAAGGAAAAAAAUGGAUGUUAAAGCAAGGGGUUGUAGCGCAAACACCCAAAGUGAAGAGGAUCAGAUCAUGGACUUGAGAAGAGGUCCUUGGACUGUUGAAGAAGACUUGAAGCUCAUCAAUUACAUUACUACUCAUGGCGAAGGUCGAUGGAACUCUCUUGCUCGUUGUGCAGGUCUCAAACGGACAGGAAAAAGCUGCAGACUGAGAUGGUUGAAUUAUCUCCGCCCCGAUGUUCGACGUGGGAGCAUCACUCUUGAGGAACAGCUUUUGAUUCUUGAACUUCACUCUCGCUGGGGAAACAGAUGGUCCAAAAUCGCCCAACACUUGCCUGGAAGAACCGACAAUGAGAUCAAGAACUAUUGGAGAACUCGUGUCCAAAAACAUGCGAAACAACUGAAAUGUGACGUGAACAGUAAGCAAUUCAAGGACACCAUGCGUUACCUAUGGAUGCCUAGGUUAGUUGAAAGAAUUCAAGCUGCUGCUGCUGCCGCCACACCCACCUCCACGACCGCUGUUACCGAGGCCUCUACCACCACCUCCGCUUCCGUCACCACAGCAGGCAACAUAGGCAUGGGGCAGAUGGUCAUGCCUCAGGGGGUUAUAGGCAAUGACUUUGGAGGCGUACAAAUAACCCCAAGUUACACCCCAGAGAAUUCUAGCACUGCAGCCUCAUCAGACUCCUUGGGCACUCAAGUUUCACCGGUUUCAGAUUUGACUGAUUAUUACAGCAACAUCCCGGUCAACAACCCUAAUCCGGAUUAUCUCCAAGCUAGCCAAGUUGGUUAUUCUGGGUCCUCCUUAAUAAGUCCCUCUGGUACUAAUUACUACAACCACGGCACAGAUUUUCAGUCCCUGGAGCAGAACAACCCCUGGCUAGAUGGUGCUGAUGGAUCAUACAACUUCUUGAACGCUGAGGAUUUUUUUUUCUUGCAGCAGCAGUUCAACUUCAACAUGUGAAGAUUUCUUCAAAUAUACUAAUAAAUUCAUGGGGGAAAAUGAAA